AUACCGUGCUACUAUUUUACCGAUAGUGCUGCUUCUACUUUCUUUUAGGAGGCCGUUCUUUUAAUAAUCUUUUGACUUUACACUUUCUAGCUAUCCACGUUCGGGGCUCUAUUUAUUCGUCACCAUGAGCGUAGUUAAUGAGGAUGAUGUAGUUGGCUAUUACAUGAACGCGACACUUGUCAAUGGCAGCAAGGUGAGCGGGACAGUCUUCACCUACCUCCCAAAGGAGGGUCUGCUCGUACUGCUGCAGAACGUUAAGGAACAACCUUCGAUGAAAAUGAUUCGGACCCCGUUCAUCAAGGAAUACACCAUCAAAUCAAGUGUUCCAAAGGAGCACAGUCUUCCACAUCAACUGGAGCCCUUUGAGCAGCUGCCGUCAAUGCAUGCGGGGCGUGAUAAGUCGAUUUUCAAGCACGCCAGCUCGCAGCUGAAGCAGGCGGAGGCGCAGCAGAUGAAGCACAUGGGGGGUAUGGAUCCUUCAACGCCGAUUGCUGCGUGUGAUGCCUUCGUUCGUGUGGCGCGUGUUUACCCUGAUAUUAGCUGGGAUAACGAAGAAAAGAUCAUCCGCGUAACGAGCGAAGUCGUAAUCGUCGGAGAGCCAAACUGGAUGACACCCAAACCAAUCCUAGUUGAUGGGGCACCGGAAAAGGAAAAACUGCUCGCCGAUCGUAUUCAGAAAUUGUUAAAUGGGGUAAAGAAAUAAUAAAUAAUAUGUAACAACUUGAGGGCGUGAUGCUUUAGAGGAAUGAAAAAAGAAUAGUGCGUUAAUUCCUUAGGUACGUAGAUUGAUCAAAAUGUUGGCAAGAUAUAUAUAUAUAUAUAUAUAUCUAUAAUAGAAGCAACGAUACGUUAGUGAGGCAUAGAAGCUUCGCUCUUAUUCUUGCCUCUCGCAAGUUGGAAAUGAAAAGAACUAUAAGGAAUAGAUGUUAAGUGGCAAUAAAUUCGAAGUUGACCUUGUCGUUUUCUCAUGCUUA